GUCUUUUUUCGAAGUCAGGCCUCUCUGUCUCACGCCUUUAUGAAAACAAUGUGGAAUAAGUCAAAUGAAGCAAGACUUCUUAAUUAUACUAUCUAUCCUUUCUCCCCCAAAUGCUCCAGAACGUAGUUUCCACUGAUCCAUCCUCAUAUUUUCACAAAAGCAAGUCAAGAACUUGUAAAAGAUGAAUUUUUCGUUUCAGCCUUGAAUGAUUGAUCAAUUACUAUAUCUUAGUGUUAAGAUGGGUAGGUGGUGGAGGAAGAAGAAGUCAGAAGAGGCCGUUAAAAAGCAGACGUUGGUCCAUGAGAACGGCAAGGUGUUGCUAGAAAAGCUCAUUGAAUAUUGCAACGGAAAAUCCAAUCCAAUCAAAACCUUCUCUGCCUCUCAGAUCUUUAGAGCAACCGACAACUUCAGCCACAAUAAUGCUCUAGUUCGUAAUCGACCUAGUAGCUACCAAUGUUACAGAGGUAUGAUGGAAGACCGCCUUGUGCUUGUCAAGAAAUGGGUAGCAGAGUAUAGUUCCCGCAAUGGAAAGACUUGUUGUGACAUAGCAAUAUCAUCAAUGGUUAGUGGUCACAAGAAUUUCCUCAAGCUGUUAGGAUGCUGUCUUGAGUUUCCUUAUCCAGUUCUAGUCUAUGAAUAUGCAGAGAGUAUAAUAUGCAGACCACAAAAUGGAUCAAAAUAUGUAUUUGAUGUGAAUUUACCAUGGAAUAUGAGAAUGAAGAUUGCAAAGGAGGUCGCAGACGCUUUAACAUACCUUCACACUGCAUUCUCAAAGAGUAUCAUCCACAAAGAUAUAAUACCGUGUAAGAUCUUCUUGGAUGAGAAAGGGACAGCUAAGCUUACUGAGUUCGACAACUCUGUUUUGAUUCCAGAAGGAGAAAAGUUUGUUGAAGAUGUUAUAGAGGGAACAUUUGGGUACCUUGAUCACAACUAUAUGAAUACUGGGAGAGUAACAGAGAAUACUGAUGUCUAUGGCUUUGGAGCAUUCAUGCUUACUCUUUUGACCGCAAUGAACCCGAGUCUUGUUGACAAACUAUACAAGGAUUGUCCUAUCAAGUUGGUUGAAGACGACACGUUUGUUGAGAUUAUUGAUCCAGAGGUGUUGGAAAGCUGCAAGGAACAAGAGCUAUUGCAAAUGAAAGCUAUCCUCAUACUUUCACUGAGAUGCAUUGGCUGUGUAGGAGAAGUUCCAAAAAUGAUUGAAGUUGGCAAAGAACUUAAGAGGAUGCUUGUUCAAGCCAAAACCAAAUUGCAUUAAGCAGUAAGCUUUUCUUUAUACAUCACACUAUAUAAGAAUUUUUAUCUUUCACAUAGAUUUGGAUCUCCCAAACCAUUCUUGAAGAAAAAAACACUCAAAGCUUUAUACAAAUAGUUCAUACUACAUAAAGAUUUUAACUUAGUUCUUAUACAUAUGCAACAUCUACCGAUCGCUCUAUCAGUUUAAUCUCUUUUGCUACUUCGAUCAUCUUCGGUCCAAAAUUAGUCGUUAUACCCACUAAACUUAAGUAUUGGAAAAUAGGUUUAAGUAUUUAUAAUAUAUAUAG